AUGGCUUCGGCCAAGCUGUCACGAGGGAAGAAAUGGCGUUGGCGUCUAGUUGUGAUGGCUAUUCUGGCAAGCCUGGCGCUUUCGGUGGUGAGGCGGCUCUUUUUUCAAGAACGUCAAACGGUACAGUGGCUUCCACCUUUGGCCAUCGAGAAUCCUACAUACUUUUCCGCAUUCGAGGAAGAACGCAUGCCUACCUCAUCCAGCGAUGAAGCAUGUCAAACUCCACUUGUAGAGGACACGAAAGAGGAUUCCCGGAGCGAACUGCUGGUCGACGGCUCGGACUUUGCUGCCGCAGCUCGCGCCCGCACAUCCUCCCACCCCUUCUGCCAAAGAUUCCGGUACGAACAGUCAGCAAGUGCGCUCUGGUCCUCGCAUCGAGAAGCGAUUAUGAAUAAAACCAAUCAUGCCAACGAUGAGGACGGGCGACAUCGACCAUGGAUAGAGAAACUCUUUGACACGGUGAGUCCCUUCUUGUUGCAACGCGGACUUCGCAAUCCACCGAAUGCGGCGGAUACGAAACGCGUUUUAAAUAUUGUGGAAACCAAGCUAGCCAAUUCAUCGGCGCCGCCCUUGUAUGUCGCUGUAUUUGGAGGAUCAGUGGUGGAAGGGACUAAUUGCGAUUUUAUUCCCCCGGCUGCACUCGAACUAGUGACGAACCGUUCUUUACUCAGAGAAAGAAAGAGAAAUAUGUACGAUACUGUUAUAAAGGGAAGAAGCUGCACUUGGCCCAAUCGAUUGCAAGCCCUAGUCGAUUACGCACUGGGCGAAGGAGUCGUGAAGAUUUACAACCUCGGUGUCGGAGGCACCAAUUCACAACUGGCGGUCCCGAUUGUCAAAUACCGUCUCUACUCGGGUGCGGCGGAUCUAGUGAAUAUAGGUGGACCCGAUGUUGUCAUCAAUGGAUAUGCCGUCAACGAUAAUGCCUAUUUUUCGAGCACUGCCGCGACGGCAACGUACACUCACUUUAACGCAUCGCUCGCUCGCGCGGAGGACUUCAUUCGCGCGGUUUGGAAGUCGCGCCCCUGUCACGAUCCACCAAUGGUUUGGUUUUUUGACGAGCACUUUGGUAAUUACAUCGAAAGUCUCCUCGGUGAAGACAUACAAAAGGAUGCGGUCCGUCUCUUGGCGGACUACUAUGAGCUUGGUUACGUCAGUUCGUCCUUUUCCGUGCGCUCUUUCUUCCUGUCUGACCCGGACGAAACCUUGUUUUCUCCUGAUUGGGAAGAUCCCGUCAAAAAAUCUCGCAUCGUGGACGGGCAUUUUGGAAUGCCCGGGCAUGUUCACGCAUCGUGGACCUUUGCAUACGCAGCAUUGCAAACCGUACUCGACUACUGCGCCGAUCAUGCCUUCACGGAUAGUAUAUCUACAAUACGGUUACAGGACGGCCAGUUUACCUCGCAGCUCGCCGACAUGCAAACGUUGCUGGAUCGUACCUACCUGCCGCCACCACUCGGUCAGGACACAUUGUCGCUUGUGAAUAUUGCGAAAACUUGGCGAGCAACUCAGCAACAGCAGUAUCGUAGCGAAAAACUCCUUUGCGAAGACGAAAUGAAUACGCAAGGCACAUUGUGUCCCCUGGCCUUCGUGGCAACACCCGUGGGUACCACUCGUCAAGCCCGUGCUGUGGAUGAUUACUUAAAACCCUUUGUGACAGUCAACACUGGCUGGUAUGGCAGAAAUGAUAUCCGCAACGGCUGGCAAAAUAAGAUCGGUCUCAUGCCCACCGGUAUCGGUGCUUCAAUUAUCUUGUCACUCGAGCACGUCACAACUCUCAUUCAGAUGAUUUCCUUGCAGACCUUAAGAAGCUACGGUGAUCCCUGGGAGGGAUCGGAAGCAUUGUUUGAUUUGACUAUUAUCCGAGGCAAUCCAAAUUCCACCGACUUCCGGGACAAUUUUACCAUUCCUGCCUACCACGACGCAAACAUGAGCGUUUCCUAUUUGUACGAGCACGACUUAGGAAAAAAUCGAGCCGUUGCUGGUGACAGUCUUACUCUGAAUAUAACGCUGGUUGCUGGUUCUGCUUUCAAACUCAUCGCAUUAAUGAUGUGCAGCGGCUAG